CACUCCCCAGCAGGCGUGACGGCGCUUCUCCCCACAACUAAUGAUGCUAUCUGGGGAUUGUCCUGGUACUAUCUUCCUGUGGCUUUACUUUCUUCGACAAUGAUUAUGGCAGUUGCGCUUAUGGUGAAUAAUAUCCAGCGCCAGUAUCAGGUGUUUUGGAUUGGGCUACCCAAGCUAAAGCAGCAAGCGCAGUCGAGUACCCUGCCUAAAUAA